GUUGUCUCCCACUCCUGUGGCCGUUGGUGGAACACUGGUGCUGGACCAGCGCUGGAGCAGCAGCUGCAGGAUCUGCUCCUGGGCUGCCCCUGACCAGCCACCUUCUAGCCUCAGUGCCAGAUCUGGCCUCCUUGUAGACAUCCUGAUCUCGUCUGCCAGCAGGCAUCCCCACACUACUUUGGCACUGGCAAAGGUGCAAAGGAGAGGCACAAUGAAAAGGAAAGCAAGAGCCCACACUGGACCACACAUCAGGGUUGGCAGUGACUUUCAGGCUGAGCUCCCCGAGCUGCAGACCACAGCAGCGAGUGAGGAGGAAGAGCAUGCAUCCCUGGUCUGGAAGCCUUUGGAGGAAGAUGACUCUGACAUGGGAAAACCUGACAGAGUAAGACAGCUCUUGGACAUGGCCAGCGCCCGUGGCGUUUCCGGGCCAGCGGCUAACCUGGAGCUGGCCCUGCACUGCCUGCACCAGGCACGCGGCAGCCUUCCGGUAAGAAGCGGCUCUUUGGGUGCCCAGAAGAGCGGACAGGGAAUUCCUAAGGCCUGGGCACUGGGAUAGCCACUCCUGGCUGCUCUUUGAAGAAGGGGGGCUAACAAGGAGUGGAGAACUUGCUGCCCGCUGUGUCUCCUCCAGCUACAGCAGAGGCGAGCCCAAAUGGCUUGAGCAGGGAGAAUAUCUCUCCUGGAGGCGCUGCUGGCAGCUCCCACAGCCUGCUCCCUUGUCGAUCUCCCGCACAUCUGUGUGCUCUAACACAUUCUGCGGGGAACUGAGGGGAAAUCCCCACAAGCCUCAGUGAGCGCAGGCAAUUCUGGCUUCAGGAGAAGCAUUGAG